AUGGGGACGGCGCUUCUCCAGCGCGGGGGCUGCUUUCUCGUGUGCCUCUCGCUGCUGCUCCUGGGCUGCUGGGCAGAGCUGGGCAGCGGGCUGGAGUUCCCGGGCGCUGAGGGCCAGUGGACGCGCUUCCCCAAGUGGAACGCCUGCUGCGAGAGCGAGAUGAGCUUCCAGCUCAAGACGCGCAGCGCCCGGGGCCUAGUGCUCUACUUCGACGAUGAGGGUUUCUGCGACUUCCUGGAGCUCAUCCUGACGCGCGGCGGCCGCCUGCAGCUCAGCUUCUCCAUCUUCUGCGCCGAGCCCGCCACGCUCCUGGCCGACACGCCGGUCAACGACGGCGCGUGGCACAGCGUGCGUAUCCGACGUCAGUUCCGCAACACCACGCUCUUCAUCGACCAGGUCGAGGCCAAGUGGGUGGAGGUCAAGUCCAAGCGCCGGGACAUGACGGUGUUCAGCGGUCUCUUCGUCGGGGGUCUGCCCCCGGAACUGCGCGCCGCGGCGCUCAAGCUCACGCUGGCCUCUGUGCGGGAGCGAGAGCCCUUCAAAGGGUGGAUUCGCGACGUCCGGGUCAACUCCUCUCAGGCCCUGCCGGUGGACAGCGGCGAGGUGAAGCUGGACGACGAGCCGCCCAAUAGCGGCGGCGGGAGCCCGUGCGAGGCUGGCGAGGAGGGCGAGGGCGGGGUGUGCCUCAACGGAGGCGUGUGCUCCGUAGUGGACGACCAGGCGGUGUGCGACUGCUCGCGAACCGGCUUCCGCGGCAAGGACUGCAGCCAAGAAGACAACAAUGUGGAAGGUCUGGCGCACCUGAUGAUGGGCGACCAAGGUAUGGGCUCUUUUGAAAACAAUUUAAAGGGACUCAACCAUGUUAUGUUAAAAGAACAAAGAAAAGAAGAAUACAUUGCCACUUUCAAGGGAUCUGAAUACUUCUGCUACGACUUGUCUCAAAACCCCAUUCAAAGCAGCAGCGAUGAAAUAACUCUGUCCUUUAAAACCCUUCAGAGGAAUGGACUGAUGCUUCACACUGGGAAAUCAGCUGAUUAUGUCAAUCUCGCCCUGAAAAAUGGAGCUGUCUCUCUGGUCAUUAAUUUGGGAUCAGGGGCCUUUGAAGCACUAGUGGAGCCCGUGAAUGGAAAGUUUAAUGAUAAUGCCUGGCAUGAUGUGAAAGUCACCAGGAAUCUGCGUCAGCACUCAGGCAUUGGACACGCUAUGGUAAACAAACUACAUUGUUCGGUGACAAUAUCAGUGGAUGGGAUUCUUACCACAACGGGCUACACGCAAGAAGAUUAUACCAUGCUGGGGUCUGAUGACUUUUUCUAUGUUGGAGGCAGUCCCAGCACAGCAGACCUUCCCGGGUCACCAGUCAGUAACAACUUUAUGGGCUGUCUCAAAGAGGUUGUGUAUAAAAAUAAUGAUGUAAGGCUGGAAUUAUCUCGACUUGCCAAGCAAGGAGACCCGAAGAUGAAGAUUCAUGGAGUGGUGGCCUUUAAAUGUGAGAAUGUGGCAACUUUGGACCCAAUCACCUUUGAAACCCCAGAAUCUUUUGUCUCUUUGCCUAAAUGGAAUGCAAAGAAAACAGGCUCCAUAUCAUUUGAUUUCCGCACGACAGAGCCAAAUGGCCUCAUCUUAUUUAGUCAUGGCAAACCACGGCACCAAAAAGAUGCCAAGCACCCACAGAUGAUAAAGGUUGACUUCUUUGCUAUUGAGAUGCUGGAUGGCCACCUCUACCUCCUCCUAGACAUGGGGUCAGGUACAAUCAAAAUCAAAGCCCUGCAGAAGAAGGUGAAUGAUGGAGAGUGGUAUCAUGUGGACUUCCAAAGAGACGGACGGUCAGGUACCAUUUCUGUCAACACUCUGCGCACGCCCUACACUGCUCCUGGCGAGAGUGAGAUUCUGGACCUGGAUGAUGAGUUGUACCUCGGGGGCUUGCCAGAAAACAAGGCCGGCCUCGUCUUCCCCACUGAGGUGUGGACUGCACUGCUCAACUAUGGCUAUGUGGGCUGCAUAAGAGAUUUGUUCAUUGACGGCCAGAGCAAAGAUAUCCGGCAAAUGGCUGAAGUUCAAAGUACUGCUGGAGUGAAGCCCUCCUGCUCCAGGGAAACAGCAAAACCGUGCCUUAGCAACCCUUGCAAAAACAGCGGCAUGUGCAGGGAUGGGUGGAACAGAUAUGUCUGCGAUUGUUCCGGAACAGGCUAUCUUGGCAGGUCCUGCGAGAGAGAAGCAACGGUUCUGAGCUAUGAUGGGAGUAUGUUUAUGAAAAUCCAGCUCCCGCUGGUGAUGCACACGGAGGCUGAGGAUGUAUCCUUACGGUUUCGGUCCCAACGCGCAUAUGGCAUUCUCAUGGCAACCACCUCCAGAGACUCAGCAGACACCCUCCGCCUGGAGCUGGACGCAGGACGUGUGAAACUGACGGUCAAUCUAGAUUGUAUCAGGAUUAACUGUAAUUCCAGCAAAGGUCCCGAGACCCUUUUUGCCGGCUAUAACCUCAAUGAUAACGAAUGGCACACAGUGCGUGUGGUUCGUCGAGGAAAAAGUUUAAAGUUAACGGUGGAUGAUCAACAGGCCAUGACAGGUCAAAUGGCAGGGGAUCAUACGAGGCUGGAGUUUCAUAACAUAGAGACUGGCAUCAUCACGGAACGCCGGUAUCUGUCGUCUGUUCCCUCCAACUUCAUUGGACACCUGCAGAGCCUGACAUUUAAUGGAAUGGCAUACAUUGACUUGUGUAAAAAUGGCGACAUAGAUUAUUGUGAGCUCAAUGCCAGGUUUGGCUUCAGGAACAUCAUAGCAGACCCUGUCACCUUCAAGACCAAAUCGAGCUAUGUUGCCUUAGCUACGUUGCAAGCCUACACUUCUAUGCAUCUUUUUUUCCAGUUCAAGACAACAUCCCUAGAUGGACUAAUUCUGUAUAAUAGUGGGGAUGGAAACGACUUUAUUGUGGUUGAAUUAGUUAAAGGGUACUUACAUUACGUGUUUGAUUUGGGAAAUGGUGCUAACCUCAUCAAAGGGAGCUCAAAUAAACCUCUCAAUGACAAUCAGUGGCACAACGUGAUGAUAUCAAGGGACACCAGCAACCUCCACACUGUAAAGAUUGACACGAAAAUCACAACGCAAAUCACAGCUGGAGCCAGGAACUUGGACCUUAAGAGUGACUUGUAUAUAGGAGGAGUGGCCAAGGAAACAUACAAAUCCUUGCCGAAACUCGUCCAUGCCAAGGAGGGCUUUCAAGGCUGCCUGGCAUCAGUUGAUCUAAAUGGACGGCUUCCGGACCUCAUCUCAGAUGCUCUUUUCUGCAAUGGACAGAUUGAGAGAGGCUGUGAAGGACCCAGCACAACCUGCCAGGAGGACUCAUGUUCCAACCAAGGCGUGUGCUUGCAGCAGUGGGACGGCUUCAGCUGUGACUGUAGCAUGACCUCCUUCAGCGGGCCACUCUGCAAUGACCCUGGGACAACGUAUAUCUUUAGCAAAGGUGGUGGACAAAUCACGUAUAAGUGGCCUCCUAAUGACCGGCCAAGUACACGAGCAGACAGACUGGCCAUAGGGUUUAGCACUGUUCAGAAAGAAGCUGUAUUGGUGCGAGUGGACAGUUCUUCUGGCCUGGGAGACUACCUAGAGCUGCAUAUACAUCAAGGAAAAAUCGGAGUUAAAUUUAAUGUUGGGACAGAUGACAUCGCCAUUGAAGAGUCCAAUGCAAUCAUUAACGAUGGGAAAUACCAUGUAGUCCGUUUCACGAGGAGUGGUGGCAAUGCCACGUUACAGGUGGACAGCUGGCCAGUGAUUGAGCGCUACCCUGCAGGAAACAAUGAUAACGAGCGCCUGGCGAUUGCUAGACAGCGAAUUCCAUAUCGACUUGGUCGAGUAGUUGAUGAAUGGCUACUCGACAAAGGGCGUCAGCUCACAAUCUUCAAUAGCCAAGCAACCAUAAUAAUUGGCGGGAAAGAGCAGGGCCAGCCCUUCCAGGGUCAGCUCUCUGGGCUUUACUACAAUGGCUUGAAAGUUCUGAAUAUGGCAGCCGAAAAUGAUGCCAACAUCGCCAUAGUGGGAAAUGUGAGACUGGUUGGUGAAGUGCCUUCCUCUAUGACAACUGAGUCGACAGCCACUGCCAUGCAGUCAGAGAUGUCCACGUCAAUUAUGGAGACCACCACGACCCUGGCUACUAGCACAGCCAGAAGAGGAAAGCCCCCUACAAAAGAACCCAUUAGCCAGACCACAGAUGACAUCCUUGUGGCCUCAGCGGAGUGUCCCAGCGAUGACGAGGACAUUGACCCCUGUGAGCCGAGCUCAGGUGGGUUAGCCAACCCAACCCGGGCAGGCGGGAGAGAGCCAUACCCAGGCUCAGCAGAAGUGAUUCGGGAGUCCAGCAGCACCACGGGCAUGGUUGUGGGGAUCGUAGCCGCUGCCGCCCUGUGCAUCCUCAUCCUCCUCUACGCCAUGUACAAAUACAGAAACCGGGAUGAAGGCUCAUACCAUGUGGAUGAGAGUCGAAACUACAUCAGUAACUCAGCACAGUCCAAUGGGGCUGUAGUAAAGGAGAAACAACCCAGCAGUGCGAAAAGCGCCAACAAAAACAAGAAAAACAAGGAUAAAGAGUAUUACGUCUGA